AUGGAUUCGACCGAGACUCUCGAUAAGCCCUGGUUGAGAAAGACGCCAUCCGGAAUAAGCACGCUCGUUGAUUCCCCGCGACCUGGGAGCCCAUUAAAAUACUACUAUGAGGAGCUCGAGCCUGUUUUGCGAAGAGAGGAUACAGAGGAUGAACAUGAGUAUCCGUCAUUAUGGAAGUUGGCGCUCAUCACGACUGGGAUAUGCCUGUGUGUGUUUUGCAUGGCUUUGGAUAACACAAUCAUGGCAACAGCGAUUCCUAAAAUUACCAGUCAAUUCAACUCGCUGGACGAUGUUGGCUGGUACGGUAGCGCGUACCUACUACCGACUUGCGCCCUGACUCUUGUCUUCGGCAAACUAUAUACGUUCUACUCGAUUAAAUGGGUCUACCUUGUCGCUCUGUUCAUAUUCGAGCUGGGAUCGUUCAUCUGCGGCGUGACCCCGACUUCCAUCGGACUGAUCAUGGGACGCGCGAUUGCUGGUCUGGGUGGUGCAGGGCUAUUCUCCGGUUCGAUCCUCAUCGUCACGCAAACGGUGCCGCUCCAUAGACGACCUCUGUACACGGGCAUGGUCGGGGCUAUGUUUGGUGUUGCCAGUGUUGCGGGACCGUUGAUGGGUGGUGCCUUGACGGAUCAUGUUUCGUGGAGGUGGUGCUUCUACAUCAAUAUGCCAAUUGGGUUCGUCACAGCUGUGUUUAUCUUGGCCUUCUUCCAAUCGCCAAAAGCCAUUAAGAACAGGACCGGGUUCAAGCAUCAGAUCUCGGAGUUGGAUAUCCCCGGCACGAUGUUCUUUCUGCCGGGUGUGGUCUGCGGCUUGUUGGCAUUACAAUGGGGCGGUAUCAAGUAUGAGUGGAGUGACAGACGGGUUAUUGCACUUUUCGUGUGCUGUGGAGUGUUAAUCUUGCUCUUCUGUGUUGUGCAAUGGUGGAGGCAGGAGAAGGCUACUAUUCCGCCCCGGUUGAUCAAGAACCGUAACAUGUGGGGAUCAGCAUGGUAUGCGUUUUGCAUUGGUGGCUGCUUCUUCAUCUACGUGUACUAUCUUCCCCUAUGGUUCCAAGCAAUCAAAGGCGCCUCCGCAACCAAAUCCGGAAUCAUGAACCUUCCCAUGCUCCUUGGCGUUGUCAUCUGCUCUGUCCUCGCUGGCGCCCUCGUCACCUGGAUCGGCUACUACACACCGUUCAUGAUCGCCUGCUCAAUCAUCAUGACCAUUGGCGCCGGCCUGCUCACCCUCCUACAACCAGACUCCAACCACAGUGCAUGGAUCGGCUACCAAGCCCUCUUCGGCAUCGGUCUCGGUUUGGGUAUCCAACAGCCCAUGAUCGUCGUCCAAACUUCACUCGCGGCGGGUGACAUCCCCGUUGCGACGGCCGUCAAUAUGUUCGCGCAGACGCUGGGCGGGGCGAUUUUCAUCGCUGUUGGACAGAAUGUGUUUUCGAAUCGAUUGCUCGAUAAUAUGGUGAAGAGCAUGCCGCCUUUGGAGAUCGCGAAGGUGAUGGAUGUGGGUGCUACGUUGGUUCGUCAGGUUGUGUCGCCGGAAUGGUUACCGGAAGUUCUGCAGGCAUAUAGUGAUGCUAUCACGGAGGCUUUUUACCCUGGUGUUGCGAUGGGGUCUUUGUCAAUUAUUGGGGCGUUGGUUAUUCAGUGGAUAUCUGUGCGGGGGAGGAAGAUUGAUAUGGGGGCUAUGUGA